AUGGUGUACGAACAACAGUACGUGCACCUCCUUUCACUCUUCUCCAACACUUGCUCACAUCCAAUACAGACCGAUAUCCCCUUCGUGACCACGCUCAGCACGCCCUCCGCCAGCACGCCCCCCUCCAGCAACCGUGCGAUCAUUGCCGGUAGCGUCGUCGGUGUCGCUGCAUUCGUCGUCCUUUCGCUCGCUAUGGCCGUUUGCUAUCGCAGACACCAACAGAAGAAGCCCAUAUUCUUCCGCCGUUCCCGUCCCCCGCCACGCAAUAUGCUUCUCGCCGGUGAGGACAUGGACGAUUACGACCUCGGCCCGCCCAUGUCCUCCUACCGCGAUACCCCCGGGACUGGCUCCGCGCCAUCCCUCGCUUCGCGUGCGAUGUCCUACAACGCAGGCUCUCUCCAAGGCGCACCUCUUGUUCCUCCCGCUCCCUUCGCCGACCAGGGCCGUGUUUCGUACUCCCCACACCUCAUGGGUAUGCGUACCUCUGAGUCUGGCUCGAUUUUCCAGGAGGCCGUCUGGCCUCCCCCGCGUUCAGCGCUUGUAGACCCGCUUCUGGCAUCCUCGGAAGACCUCUCGCACAUCGUUGACGACGUUAUGGGUCCCGCCAACCCAUCGGGCGGCGACAGCAGUCCAGGCCCCGGUUCUGGCGCCGUGCGCUUUCCCGGGUCAGUCGCUACUGCCGCACAGGCGACGCACGCGCGCGCACCCUCGGAGGACCCGCUCAUGGGCAGCGAGCUCGAGUCGCCCUCGCACUCGCCACGAACACCCACGUGGCGCAGUCCGCUCUUUGUGACAAACAUGGGCUGCCAGACCGCGUCCACACUGGUCCCCACAAUCAUUAAUGGCCACCCGCGCAAACAUGGAUAUUUCCCGUACCAAACUGAGACUACCUACUAUGCAGAUCGUCCAUCAGCGCCGUAUCCACCACCAGACGACGAGCCCGUCAUCGCGAGCGACGGCCCGGGAGAGGGUUGCCGGAAGUCUGGCGCAUAUCCUGCGCCCGGCUGGGCGUAUCCGCCGCUUCGGGGUAGUGCUCCGAGGACGAGGGCGCGUACUGCGAUGCGCUCUGACUGUAAUGUGACGGCGCAGAGACUGUCGGGGGGCUCAUCGAGCGGUGUGUUGCGGCGGCACCCACGCCAGCGCCUGCGAUGCCGCCCGCGAGGAAUGCAGGGACGUUGCCGUGCUGGCGCAUCUCAUCCGAGCCCGCGGCGGAGCCCGGGGCACUGUCACGAGUUGGUAUCCGCAGCGACGCAAGACGAUGUAAACAUACAGAACACUCACACAAAGGUACUUGUAUGCGUGCAUGUUGAGAAUGAGAAUGAAGUGGAAGUGAAAGACGAUGUCGACGGGGAGCUGCUGGUGCCGGAGGACCCAGAGCCGGUGACACCCCCAGAUGAGGACGGGGCCGACGAUGUCGAGGAGCCGGAGCUGGAACCAGUUGAAGACGGCGUGCUCGACGGCGUUGUGCUCGACGAUGAACUUGACGGCGUAGUGCUUGACGAGGAUGUGGAGGUCGAGGAGGACGAAGACGUUGAAGACGACAUUGACGAAGCAGACGGCGACGAAGAAGAACCUAUGGACGUGGAUGAAUGCGGAUCAGAGCUUGUCAUCGCAUUCGCAGAUGGUCCAUCCUCGGGGCAUCCGCACCUGCGAGGAGCUCCUAAAGAUACGGUACAUGCGCUCCUCGUACGCAAGGCGGCUGAGAAGGGGCUUGUGGAGGCCGUACGUCAGGGCCUUUUCCGCUUCAACGCCGCCGCGAUCCUUGGAUUGAAGCUCGAGGUACCGGCCGUGAUUGUAUGUACCGGCGUCUUGACGCUGUCGCGAAGCGGCGUGAGUGCCGUGGUGUGCUCUGCAAGCCUGUGCUUUGCCGUUGGAUACGUCGAGAGCUGGGGUACUUGGUGA